UCCGGGGUCCGAGGGCCGGGCAGCGGCCCCGGCGGGCGGGGGGAGCGGGGCCCGGAGCCCGGGGGCGGGGCCGCAGCGGACCGGGCCGCCUCCUUCCCCUGACCUUGCGGCCGUGCGGAGGGAGGCGCCGAGAAGUGGGGGAAGCCCGGCCGCCUGAUGCCGUGAGCGGGAGGCUCCCGACAGGCCGCCGGCUCCUCACGGACCCACACCGCUACAGGACGGCGGCUCCGCCGAGUGAGAGAGCGGUGGGUUCACGAUGAGCGAGACCAUCAGCUGAAGAGGAGGAAAUAAUUCACCCAGCCGACUGCCUUGGGAGGGUUGCCUGCCACCAUGGGAGACGGUGGAACUUCGAACAUCGAGCAAUCACACAUGCAUUUUGACCGCUUCAUCCAGGCAACAACAUGCAAGGGCACUUUCAAAGGCUUCCAGGAGCUGUGCGAAACCCUGGGCAUCUCCAACCUCGACUUCCCCAACUUCUACACCAAGCUCAAGUCCAAACUCAAUUACUGGAAAGCAAAAGCACUCUUUGCAAAGCUAGACAAGCGGGGCAGUCACAAGGACUACAAGAAGAACACAGCCUGUGCCAAUACAAAGUGUCUGGUGAUCGGGGCUGGACCCUGCGGCCUACGCACGGCCAUCGAGCUAAUGUUCCUUGGAGCCAAAGUUAUCAUCGUGGAAAAGCGCGACACCUUCUCCAGGAACAACGUCCUGCACCUGUGGCCGUACACGAUUCAGGACCUCCGGAAUCUAGGGGCCAAGAAAAUCUACGGGAAGUUCUGUGCCGGGGCAAUUGACCACAUCAGUAUCCGCCAGCUCCAACUAGUCCUGCUGAAGAUUGCCUUGAUCCUGGGGACGGAAAUUCAUCUAAACGUGGAAUUCCGUGGGCUCCUACCACCCAGGGGCCAGAAAAACCCACAUCUAGGAUGGAGAGCAGACAUCAAUCCUCCAAGCAACAAAGUGGCACAGUUUGAGUUCGACGUUGUGGUUGGUGCUGAUGGGCGAAGGAACACACUGGAAGGAUUUCGGAGGAAGGAGUUCCGCGGGAAGCUCGCAAUCGCCAUCACUGCCAACUUCAUCAACCGCCACACGCGGGAGGAGGCCCAGGUCGAGGAGAUCAGUGGCGUGGCCUUCAUCUUCAACCAGAAGUUUUUCCAAGACCUGCGGGAAGCGACAGGUGUGGAUUUAGAAAACAUAGUUUACUACAAAGAUGAUACGCACUACUUCGUCAUGACUGCAAAGAAGCAAAGUUUACUGGAGAAAGGAGUGAUCCUGCAGGAUUUUCCAGACACAGAGAAGCUGCUUUCCCGGAAUAACGUCAAUCAAGACGCUCUUCUGAGCUAUGCAAGGGAGGCAGCCGACUUCUCGACCAAUCACUUGCUGCCACAGCUGGACUUUGCCAUGAACCAUUACGGCCAGCCUGACGUGGCCAUGUUUGAUUUCACAUGCAUGUACGCGUCGGAGAACGCCUCACUGGUGCGGGAGGAGAACGGGAAGCGGCUGCUGGUUAACCUGGUCGGAGACAGUCUGUUGGAGCCCUUCUGGCCCAUGGGAACUGGGAUCGCACGUGGAUUUCUGGCGGCGUUCGACGCAGCCUGGAUGGUGCGUUCUUGGGCACAGGGAACCCCCCCACUUAACGUGCUGGCGGAACGGGAGAGCAUUUACAGAUUACUGCCUCAGACCACGCCGCAGAACAUCAGCAAGGACUUCAACCUGUACAGCAUCGAUCCUGUCACCCGAUACCCCAAGGUCAAUAUCCAUGUUCUGGAUCCAAAUCAGGUACGGCAUUUGUACAUCACCGGCGAUCAGAAGAUCAUCCCCACGCCCGAACCUGCAGCAAGUUCAAGGUCGCCACGGAUGAAGCAAAGUGACUCCUUGGCGCGAUCGAACAAGCUGCUGGCCUGGUGCCAGAAGCAGACGCAGGGCUACAAGAACGUCAGCGUGGUCGACCUGACGAGGUCGUGGAAGAGCGGACUGGCGCUCUGCGCCAUCAUCCAUCGGUACCGGCCCGAUCUGAUAGACUUUCAGCAGCUGAAUGAGAAGAACGUGGAGAGCAACAACCAGCUGGCGUUCGACAUCGCCGAGCGGGAGUUUGGGAUUUCCCCCAUAAUGACGGGGAAGGAGAUGGCAUCAGUGGGUGAACCGGACAAACUCAGCAUGGUGAUGUACCUGCUGCAGUUCUACGAGAUGCUCAAGGACACCACUCCAGAGGAAUACCUCUUGGGAUUUCACGACAAGUCCAACAUUUCGGCUUCCACAAAAUCGCCCAUCUCUUUCUUCAGCAGGCUGGGACAGAACAUCACUCGCAAGCGAGGACCAAGGGAGGAACGAGACCCACACCAGAGGGGAAAUGUCAAGACCAUAGCCGACAAGCUCCUGUCCAAGUCUGAGGAUAACGUUGGACUGAAGAGACAGCGGCCAAACCUCUCAUCGCAAGAGCAUCCCUACAGCAGGCAAAGGGAUGCAAUGCAACUUGCUGCUGUUCCUCACUGGAAGCAGAGAAGAGACGUGCAGCAAUUGCGAGUUUGUCCCAGGACGAUUGUAAUGCUCCCCUGGCCGGUUCCUGGCCCAUUACGUUGCGGACAGCAAUCAAUAAAGCAGAAGGAGUUCCCCGCAGAGUUUGGAGGCAGCGACGUUUGCUAUUUCUGUGGCAAGCGGGUCUACGUGAUGGAGCGACUGAGCGCAGAAGGGAAGUUCUUCCACCGCGGCUGCUUCAAGUGUGACUACUGCGGCGAGACCCUCCGGCUCUCCACCUACGCCUACAACCCAGAGAACGGGAAGUUCUACUGUAAGCCUCAUUACCGGUUGGCAGGUCGGGAGGCCAGGAAGAGGCCGGCAACUCCUCCAGCAAGUGCCCAGGAGAAGGUGUUCGCACCUCCGCUGCCCACCAUGAGCCCAGCCGGACAGCCUGGCCCCAAGGAGCAGCAGUACGUCGAGGGAGCCACAGAUCCCUGGAAGGCGAAGCGGCUGCGCGGCACUCCUGAGAGGAUCGAGCUGGAGAAUAUCCGUCUGUCCCUGGAGCGGGAAGAGGAUCUGCAGGAGGUGCCGGAGGAGACGCUCGCAGAGCACAACCUGAGCAGCGCUUUGCACCAAUCCAGCCAGGAGCCCGGCAGCAGUUGCAGCAGCUCUGAGUAUGAAAUGGAGGAGGAGGAGGAAGACGAGGAGGAGGACGAGGAGGAGAAGGAGGGUGAGGAAGAUGUGCUGGCUCCCUCAGUGGACGGUCUUCCGUGGGGAAAAGCUGCAGCAAUCCAUCAGUUACUGAAGGACAAUCCAGAGGAAGACACGGAAGCAGACUCCGAGGAUGAGAAACAAUCAGAAUCAAGUUACGAGGGCGAGUACUGUCCCUGGGAGAAGGAGCUCCAGUUGGGGCUCUGGGUGCAUCAACUGUCUGAGGAAGAGGACAACCAUGUGUUCAGAGCUUCGAGCCUGAGGGUACGACAGAUCGUCAGCCCCAUUGAUCCGCUGGAGAUCAAGGCGGACGUUCACUGGACACACAUCACGGGCCAUGGAGCGGCUGAGACGCCGGUCGCCCCAGCCGCAGAAGCCUCUGACGUUCCCCCAUUUCGGAAUGAAGCUGUUCGAGCAUGGUUGGACUCCCUGUCUGGAGAAAAGCAGAUGAACGUGGAGUUGAGCCCAGAUGAAGAGGAGGAUGAGGAGAAGGAUGAGAACGAUUCAUCGCUGGAGGAUGAUAUUGCAUCUGAUGCAGAGGCGGAGAACCAUUUGGUUUCAUACACGCACGAGCUGGAGCAAUUAGUGCGAGAGAAGGAAGAGGCCUGCGGUGAGGUUAGAAGUCCAGAUGGAUACAUACCAACAUACCAAGUGCUUUCAAGGAGUAGCACAAAUCCUCAGAUACCUGCUGUCAACUCGAGGAGAGAUCAACCAGAGGUCAAUGAACUCAACUCCUCUGUGAAACCGUAUUGCUCCGAAAGGAGAGCUGAACCGCUGCCAGACAAUCCCGGCUCACUCCCCGACCUCUCUCCAGUCCGACUGCAGCCCCUGUCCUUGCCGGUGAUGCCUUCACCCUGCUCGCCAGUGAGAUCUCAGCCAGCAGCCGCCCCUCCGGCCCAGAGUGCAGCCAUCUGCUGCCAGCCGCUAACAUCUCCCAGCGCCGCCAGCCCCAUCGCCGUGCAGUCCCCGGUGAAAUCCCAGCCGGUACCCACUGUCCUAACGUCCACUCCCGUAAAUGAGGCCAGCAGGGACGGGGAGAGGAAGGCAGCCAGCCCUGCCCCUGCGCAGGGGGGAGAGAAGCCAGCCAGGCAGGAUCCGGUGGGUGAGUUCUGGCUGAGCAGCACCGAGAUGAGGAGGAGUCUCGGAGUCGGUGCCCUGGAGCGGGCCAGUGGCUCAGAGACCAGCUUCACGCUGUCCACCACCGGCUCCGCCUCACCUCAGUCCUUCACGCCGGAGGAGAUGUUUGACGAGCACUCGGCCACCCCUCCGCCGCCCUCGGGGGUGCCCACGGCCGAGGAGCCGCCUCCCACCCCAAGCCCGUCCGCCGCGCCCGACCCCAAGAGCUCCAGGGACCUGAGCAGCACCUCCGGGCUGGGCCUGAACGGCAGCCUCAGCAACACCCGCACGGCUGCCAGCGAGAGCCUCAACGACUCGGAGGCCAUGCUGACUCCUCCCUCCAGCCCACCCCCACCGCCCCCCGCUGGCGAGGAGCCCGCCACCCUGCGCCGCCAGAAGCCCCGGGUGCCCGAGGAGCACCCGGCCGAGCGCGGCCCUGCCCUGCCGCCCGCCCAGCGGGCGUCAAGCGUGAGGAAGUCACUGGCCGAGAGCAUCGACGAGAUCCCCUUUGCCGAUGACGUGGAGGACACCUACGACGAUGGGACCCCCGAGGCCAGCCUGCAGGAGCGGCCCUACACCCCGGCCAAGCGGGAGGAGAAGCCCAGCAGGCUGCCCCUCACCCAGGCCGGGGACACGCCGCCCGUGAGCGGGAAGCAGCAGCAGCGGCGCCUGCCACUGACCCAGAUCUCCCCUGAGGCCAAGGAGGUGGCCAAGGAGAGGAUGAGGGCCCGGGAGAAGUCGGUCAAGAGCCAGGCCCUGCGCGACGCCAUGGCCGAGGAGCUGAGGAAGAUGAGAGAAAUGGAGGCGGUGGGAGGGUCUCCCGCCCGUGAGCCGAGCAGCCCGCCCUCCACCGCCGGCUUGGCCAAUGGUCACAGGGCCCAGCAGCAGCAGGAGGCGGCGGCAGAGCGGUGGCCGUGCCCGGUGCCGGCGCCCACACCGGCUCACAGCCACGAGGGCUCGGCAGCCUCCUCCUCCGACGGCUCAGCCAGCAAGAGCAAGAAGAGAUCCUCGCUGUUCUCGCCUCGGAAGAGCAAGAAGGAGAAGAAGUCGAAGACGGAGGGCAGCCUGAGCGAGGAGAUGGCCAAGCCCAGGUCCAUCUGGAGGUCUGUCUUCUCCAGUUACAGGAAGGACAGGAAGAAGAAGGAGGAGAAGGCCUGCCCCGGCUCGCCAUCCGGCAGCAACACCGUCAACUCUGGCACCAAACGCACUGACAUCUUGCGCACCGCAGUCGAACUCCAACUCCGUCAACACCUGAGUUUGUCGGAGGACUCGGACUUGUCCAGUGACGACAUACUUGAUAGGACCUCACAGCGCUCCAGGCGAGAGAAGCCCUACACUGAGGAGGAACUCAACUCUAAGCUGACUCGGAGGGUGCAAAAGGCAGCUCGGAGACAGGCCAAGCAGGAAGAACUGAAGAGGCUACACAGAGCACAGAUCAUUCAGCGGCAGCUGGAGCAGGUGGAGGAGAAGCAGCGGCAGCUGGAGGAGAGGGGGGUGGCCGUGGAGAAGGCUCUCCGGGGAGAAGCAGACUAUUGGGGAGAGUCUAGUUACAGUGAAAUCCUCGACUUGCAUCUGGGUGUUGAGACCCUUGUUGGAGCUUCGCGGCGAAGACCUCUUUCCUUCUGCCACUGCUGUGCCCACGACAGAGGAAUGGGCAAGAAAGAUGACCCUCGCCUGAUGCAGGAAUGGUUUAAACUGGUGCAGGAGAAGAACAGCCUGGUACGCUAUGAGUCAGAGCUGAUGAUCUUUGCCCGUGAGCUGGAGCUGGAAGAUUGUCAGAGCAGGUUACAGCAGGAGCUCCGGGAACGCAUGGCCAUUGAUGACAAUCUGAAGAACAGCGAGGAGCUGUUGGAGGAGAAGCGGAUCCUGAACGAGAUGCUGGACGUGGUGGAGCAGCGAGACGCGCUGGUGGCGCUGCUGGAGGAGCAGCGGCUUCGGGAGAAGGAGGAGGACAAGGACUUGGAGGCCGUGAUGCUGACCAAGAGCUACAACUUGAACUGGUCGUAGACAGUCCACCUAUAGCUGCAGACACAGAAACCUGGGCACAGCAUCAACAGCAGCCAGAAGGGGAGGCAAGAGAUUGUCCUGCAAGUAGCUGGUAGAGCAGACUCCUGCUGUCUUUCUCCCAGUGUGGUGGACACUGCAGAAUAGUGGUUGCGCUGCAUGCCCACGUGUCAGCCACGCACAUGAUCCCACCUGACCUGAGGGCAACUUCUGCCGAUCCCCCUCAGAUAUUGGCCAGCUUUAGAAUACCCUGGACAGUAAUGGAUAGGAGUUCAAGAGGAGUGUGCACGAGUUAGGGGCCGUUAGCUCAUUUCAACACAUUCGUAAGAACUAAUUAUUUCUGGCAAGGGAACUGUAGAACUGAUGAGCACAGGACCUCAAGUGGACCCUCCAGUAAGUAUAAGCCCUGCUCACUCCACAAAUUCUCCCUUCAUGCGAGGCAGUGAUAAUAUUCUGCGCCCUGAGAUGGAGGCAUGGUUUUCCCCUUCUCCAUCCUCCAGUCCAGUGGCGCCACUGCCAACUCCAAGUCCGCCUGGAGGUGUCAUCAGGGGUCCUUUGCAGCUUCUUGCCACUGAUCUCGGAGCUUGAAGUGCUGAACCCAGAGUGACCCCUCUUCCCUCUGUUGCUGUAGGCAGCAGUUACCUUUUCUCUCUGGGGAGGUUGGGCUGUGUGUGAUAGAACAGAAAACCAUCUAAAUGCCACACCACGAGCAAAAUGAGAUGGAAACCACAAAUGGUGGUGCAUUUAAAAGAGUCCAGGGACUUCCUACCAUUUAAAAAGCACACGGCAGCUCAUUCCUCGUCUCACCUUUUCACUUACGUUCUACCCUGUCCAACUCAUCACUGGUUCACUUAAACAUUGUACUCCCUGAAACUCCUCAUCGCCUCUCUCACACAUACCAGUCCAACAAACACGUUAUAGCCCACUCCAAUAGGGGAUUCAGAAGAAAUCCCAACAAUACCCAGAAGCGUGGAACUCUGUACUGUGGGGUAGUUGAAGGAAAUGGUACAGUGACAUUUAAUGGAUAGGCAUUUCGGGGAGAAGGGGAUAGAGAGUCACCCUGAUUGAUUUGGGCAAGUAUAGAUGAAUGGGGCGGAGCAAAGUGACAGCAUGGAUAGUUGGUAUUGGUUUAUUAUUGUCACAUGUACCGAGAUACAGUGAAAAGCUUUUGUUUGUGCGCCAUCCAGCCAGAUCAUUCCGUACGUAAUUACAUCGAGGUAGUUAAAAGGAAAACGGAAUGCAGAAUAUAGUGUUACAGAGAAAAUGCAGUGCGAGUAGACAAAUAAGGUGCAAGGGCCACGACGAGUUAGAUUGGGAGAUCAAGAGAUCAUCUUUUAGCGCAUGAGAGGUUCAUUCAAAAGUCUGAUUAACAGUGAGAUAGAGGCUGUCCUUGAGCAAUGUAGUACAUGGUCUCAAGUUUUUGUAUCUUCUGCCUGACAGGAGAGAGGCCUAUUUCUGUGCCAUGUAUCCAAAGUAAAGCUCUCAUCACUACACUCAGAGAGACACAAGCACACACACCUACCCGUCACUGCACAUUCACACAAUCUUCCCAACCUGACCCCUAUUCCUUCAUAUACCUACAUGUUCAAGCACCCAUCCCCGUCCAUUGCCACAUCACCAUCACACGUUGUAUUCAUACACUCCCAUCGGCAGUGCGGGAAUUAAUUUAAAAGCUGCCUUUCCUCUAAUGUGGCCAGAACUGUACACAGUAUUGUAACUGUGGCCUAGCUAGCAUUUUAUACAGUUCUUGCAUGACCUCUCUGCUCUUAUAUUCUGUGCUUCAACUAAUAAAAGCAAGUAUCCCAAAUAUCUUUAUUGACCAUCAGCUGCCUACUCUGGGACAUUCAGAUCCUACGGCACAUGCACUCCAAAGCCUCUGCUGGCCCACAUUUCCAGUGUCCCACCCUUUUGUUGUGUCUGCCCUCCCCAGAUGCAUGACGUUACCCAUCUGCACAUUACAUGUCUGUCUGACCAGCCUGUUGAUCAUUUUGCAGGCUAUGGCUUUCUUCCACGGUUAGCCACGUGGCCAAUUUUUGCAUUGCCUGCAACCUAUUUAUCAUAGCUCCCAGAGUUAACGUACACUGUGAAAAGCCAACUUUGAACACUUUUAGAACCCCUCCUCAAACAGCCUUCCUGUCACCACUGAUCAAUACCCUUCGCUGUCUCCCACAGAGCAGAAGAGCCAAUUGGUACUCCCCUUGAAUCCCAUAGACUUUUUACUUGCUUGCCAUGGGAUAGGACCUUGUCAGAGGUCUUACUGAAGUCCAUGUAUGCUACUUUAGAUGCCCUCAUCAACCCUCCUUGAUACCUCCUCAAAAAAAAACUAAUUUGUCCAUACUCAACCUUCCCUGUCAAAUCCAUGUUGACUGUUCUUGAUUAAUCCAUGAUAACUAAUAACUUCCCCUCAGGCUGACCGACCUGUAACAACUCGCUCUCGACCCUGCUCCCUUUCUCAAAACCGAGACCACCUUGGCAGACUUUCAGUCCUUCGACAGCCUCUGAAAAUGUUUACACGUCAACCAGUUCCUCCCUCCUUGGGCACCGGCUGCGCUCCAUUCAACUCCCAACCCUUGGAAGAGGCUCACUUGAUCCUCCAACUCACUCCAAUCACAUUGACAACACUCCCUCGUCCCCAGACACCAGAUCCUGCCUCCACAUUCCAAUUUUAAUCUUCAUUCUCGUAAAUCAAUGGACUAUUAAAGUCAUAGACUUUUCUGCCUCCCCUCAUAUCACUGCCUACCCUUCCCUCCGCCCAUUGUUUCCCUGUGCACGCUCUUCCAGCCAUUCUGCAUUUCUCCCACCACAGUCCUGAAUGCUAAUAUACAACAUGCCCUGCUGCUGCCCGCUAUUCCAGCCCUGAUCUCUGUCCCUUUACACUGCUUCAUUUUACUAUUCCUGCUCAGGAUAUAGACAGCACCAGUCAUUACUCAUCCCUCGUUGCUCUGGAGAAGGUGCAGCAAGUCCACUUUCCAUUGAAGGAACUCCCAUGGUGCUAUUAGGAGGGAAUUCCAAAACAUUGAUCCAGCAGCAAUACCAUUCCAAGUCUGGAUGUGACCUGCAGAGAGGCCGAGUGCGUGUAAGCCCUGAUCCCCUCAGCUUUCUUGCAAUGCGGGACAUAAUUGGGCUGGUAGUAUCCCCAUGCAUCUGCUGCCCAUUCUAGAGGUCAUGGGUUUAGGCACUUCUGGCACAGAAGCUUUGGUAAGGAACUGCUGUGCAUUUCGAUGCUAUACAUGUCUCAACAUACUGGAGGACAGCCAGUAAUUUAAACUAACAAACAAGCGGACUUUAUUGCUCUGGUGGUGGGGUGAAUGAAUGUUUAAGGUGGUGGAUGAGGAGCCAGUCAAGCUUUGACCUGAAUGUUGUCGAAUUUGGAACUGCACUCCUCCAGGCAGGUGGACAGUGUUCCAUCCCACUCCUCCCAGCAGAUGGAGAAGUCAGGAAGUGAACCAUUCCCAGCCUCUGACCUGCUCCUCUCACAGACACGAUAUUCACGUAUGUGGUCCUGUUAAAUUUCUGGUCAGUGGUGACGCCCAGGGUGUUGCUAGCGGAGGAUUCAACAAUGGUAAUGCUACAAAGUGUGAAGAGGAGGUGGCUGGAGCCUCACCUGUUAGAUAAAAUCAUUGCCUGGCACUUGUGAGGUGCAAAUGUUACUUGGCACGUACCAGCGUGUGUCUGAGUAUCGUCCAGGUCUUGCUGCAUGUGGACAUGGAUUGCUUCGUUACCUAAACAAAUAGAACUGAGCACUGUGUGCAUGGUUUCUGCAUAAGUGUGUGUGUGUGUGUGUGUGUGUGUGUGUGUGUGUGUGUGUGUGUGUGUGUGUCUGGGUGCGUGUGUACUUCAUUGUGUCUCAGCACUCUUUCGAUGCGGUCAGGGUUACAACAGUGUUGAACCUGUGGUUUAACACAGUAUUAUGUACAGAUGAGUGUGUGCGCGCGUGUGUACUGCUGCACAGGGGUGUGCAAAUAUAUUUAAGAAUGAAAUCCUGUGGAAUGCAGAGGAAUGUAAUUACAAAGGUCAGGGUUGAAGGUUGUGUCUGUGAUUCUUGUGGCUACGCUCAAACUGGAGUCUAAAUCAGAUGGAGAAUAAGGGUAGCCCAGGGACGGGAUAGAAGGCCCUGCCUACUGACAGCCUCUCUGGGAGAGGAUUUAUAGGCCUGGUCGGUCUAUGAAUCAGAUCAGUUCCCAAUGGGAACGUGACAAAAUGUGACUGUACAGGGUGCUUUAUACAUUUAAAAUACAUUCAGUUUUGCAUGCUGUGCCCUCGCUGAGACUGAUUUGCCAGCUCAGGCCCGCUCCUGAAGUGAGUCACAGCACAUGUUGUACAGCACAUGUUAAAAUUAUUAAAAUAUUUUGAAAUAUCAAACUAGUAACACUGAAAGCACUCAAUUCCCAGCUAUCACAGAGUCAUGCAGCACAGAAACAGGCCCUUCAGCCCAUCGAGUCUGGGGCUGACUACCCAUUUCACUUAAUCACACUUUUUAAUUCUCCCCACAUUCCCAUCAACUCCUCCAGAUCGUGUACCACUCACCUGAACACUCGGGGUAAUUUACAGUGGCCCAUUAACCCACCACCCUGAACGUUCUUUGGGACAUGGCGGGAAGCCGGAGCACCCAGCGGAAACUCGCGCGGUCACAGGGAGAACGUGCAAACUCCACACCGACAGUAGCCGAGGUCAGGAUUGAACCCGGGUCUCUGGCGUUGUGAGGCAGCGGCUGUACUGGCUGCACCACUGCUCCACCCCUCUAUUUACACUUUUAAAUAACUUUUUAAAAUGCAUUAUUAAAAAUAUAUAACUUCCUUUACCACAGCUUUACAAUCCCUCUCGCACUCCAUGUGAGUGUCGGUUGCCCAGCGUAAAUACUGGGACAAAGCUCCAGCAGGUGUUGCUGAGCAAGUUCAGAACCUCCACACAUCACUACACAGGGUCCAGGAUUCCCAGCCGUGCUGCCGUUCACUGGGAGAAGCCGUGGAACUCCAGCCAGUCGGCCCCCACAGCCAUUGCUGUGGGCACAUCUGGCAGUGAUGUCUAGGUGAGGAUUUUGACUAGUACAAAGGGGUGGUGUUCGUAGGCACAAGGCCAUGUACCUGCGAUCGCAGAACCUGUCGUUACCCUGCAGGCACGCUCACUGUGCUAGUGUUACCCAGGGAUAGCCUCCCAUCGAUAGCUGUCUGUUUUGUCUAUCUGUCUCUCUCUCUCUAUCACUACCCCUCCCUCCCUCUCACACUGCCAUACUGUAUAUACUAUCACUCUGAAACCACUCAAUCCUACUCUGUACUUUCUGCCUACUUUCCCUCAAUCCCACAUUGUCUUUAAAUCCACCCCCAUUCCGUGUGCUCACUCUUUCUAAGCCCCCUCAAUCUCGUUACUCUCUACCCAUCGCUCGAUCCUCUCCUCACACUGUACUCUCCAGUUCUUGCCAAUUCUGCGUUGUACUCUCUUUAACCCCACUGCAUUCUGCACUGUACUCUCUCUCUCAACAUCCUCAACCCCUACUCAGAGUGUACCGCUCCCAACAGGAGUGGGUCAUUAUCUUGCCCCUCUGUAUUUGUUACAUGCAGGCUCCCUCUGAAAGACUCCAGUUUGCAGUGUUUAAGGGAUUACAGUGUAGAAUUUACUCCACAGACUGUAAAUAUGCCACUGACUAUUCUGUGACAGGCUACAUACUGUGAUGUGCUUUGGUAUCAUUUGCACUCACUUGGAUAAUAAUUAUCGUUCUUGAUGUGUGAUGG